GAGUGGGCGGGGCUUGAGUUUCGCGGAGGCCUUGGGAAAGCGAAAUGGAGGGGUGUGUGUCUAACGUAAUGAUCUGUAACCUGGCCUACAGUGGGAAGCUUGAUGAGUUGAAGGAGCGCAUUUUGGCUGAUAAAUCUCUGGCUACUAGAACUGAUCAGGACAGUAGAACAGCUCUGCACUGGGCAUGCUCAGCUGGUCAUACAGAAAUUGUUGAAUUCUUGCUGCAACUUGGAGUGCCAGUGAAUGAUAAAGAUGACGCAGGUUGGUCUCCUCUUCAUAUUGCUGCUUCUGCUGGCCGGGAUGAGAUUGUAAAAGCCCUUCUGGUAAAAGGUGCACAUGUGAAUGCUGUCAAUCAAAACGGCUGCACUCCACUCCAUUAUGCAGCUUCGAAGAAUAGGCAUGAGAUUGCUGUUAUGUUACUAGAAGGUGGGGCUAAUCCAGAUGCUAAGGACCAUUAUGAUGCUACAGCAAUGCACCGGGCAGCAGCCAAGGACACUUAGCCUGUGAUGAGGAGAGAGUGGAAGAGGCAAAAUUGCUGGUGACUGAAGGAGCAAGUAUUUACAUUGAGAAUAAAGAAGAAAAGACACCCCUGCAAGUGGCCAAAGGGGGCCUGGCUUUAAUACUCAAGAGAAUAGUGGAAAGUGAAGCAGCUUCUAUGUAGUCUGUGUGCGUUGUGUUGUCCUCAGUGUCCUGGAAACUGUUGUACACAUGAAAAUGUUUUCUCACCUUUGUAACUUGAUAACGUGUUGUAUUGCUCCUACUGAAGUACCUGUUCUAUGCUUUCCACCCACUUUCCAGGAUUGAAAAACUGGUGAGCUUGUUCUACUGAUGCCAUUCAUUAAAUCUUGAUUACUUUGGAGUAAGUGGUUGUGGCUGUCCUGUCUUGAGCGUCUUCCCAUGCACCUGCUGACCCACUGUGGAACAGAACAAGUUCAGAAAUAGCCCUCCUGUUGGGCCAGCUUGUUCUAGGGCGCUUUCCUCUGUGCAGUCAGACCAAAUCCUGACCUGUUUUCUAAGUUCACUCAAGAGACCUAUGCCAAAUAGUUCUCUUUUUUCAACUACAAGGUUAAUUUAUUUUUGUUACAGGAGAAAGUUGUAUAUUUUAGAGGAGCAGGUUUUAAGUUGAAUUGUAUGUUCUUAAAAUAAUGAAGAACAAGAGUUUGCGUCCAUGUACCUUUUUAACUGUUUUCCUCUAAAAUAAGACAUAUCAUUUUUUUAAAUAGAAAUAAAAAGUGUCUGUAUUGACUCACCUUGUGUUGAAAAGAAUUGUCAAACUUAUUAAAGAGAUGUAUAACAAAAUUAUAUUUUGAUUUGUAUUUCAAGUGCUACAAACUUGGAUUUCAAGUAUUACAAACAAUAAACUGUUGA